AUGACACUGCUGGAGAAAGAUCGAAGCGUGCGACAUGAACCCCAGCGCACCCUUCCAUGUACGUAUGGGGAGGAGCCAGACAGUGGUAGUUUCCUCCAAGAACGCCGGGGUAUUGCACCCUCCAGCAACAGACAGCUGCACGAAGCGACGCAGAAGUAUACCAAGUCGCACGGGGUGCACGUGGAUAACGCCGCCAGGCUCGCUGCCGAAAAGGAGGUUCCGCACACCUUCCGCUCUCGUCGGCCACCAAAGAAGGAGGUGCAGGCAAAGCUGUUUGUUCUCUUUGUAUUCGGCGCCUUCUGCACGUUUGUCGGCUUUAACGUGGCACAUCUGCCGCUGCCGAGCGCGAGGCACGACGUUGCGGGUUCGAGCCUUCCGACAGAUAAGGCUGAGCUAAUUACAUUGUCGAAUUCUCACUCAGAGGAGCGCUUCAAGUUUGCAAAACACAUCGCCCUCACGGAUGUACCGUAUCUGAUGCCGUGGCACGAGGAAGAGCACCUGGCGAUGCUUUUCAUAUGGCGUCUUCUCUACCGGAGCCUCAAGACGGAUCUGGACCAGUUUGAGGCACACCUGCGCAACAUCUCCCCCGUCGGUACCACCGUGAUGAGGCUCGGCGGCUCAGCCAAACACGAGCUGCCAAAGGCCAUUAUUGAGGUUGUGGAAGCGCACGCCGGAUACAUUACGACAUCGCUAGCACACUUUCUAUCGACCACAUACGUGUUCAGCGUCGUGGCGAGCGCCCCUACAGUGCAGCGGUACGGAAGGGAUGGUGUACGCCGUGGCUACACGCGUGGUGCCGACAGCGUAUACGACUCUCGAAAGGAAGACUUGGCCGCAGACCGUCGGGCACACGCACUGAAGGUGGCAGCUAUAGUGGAGCGCGUGCUAGCGAACCCUGCCGCCGAUAGGGCUGUCGAAGGCUCGUACCAGCCUCACAGCAAUGCGUUGCAGCCCACUCUGCAUGGGGACAUUCAAAGGACGUCUGCCAAGAGGACUGGUAACAGUGGUGGCUCCGGUGAAGGGAGUGUGGCGCAGGGGAAAACUGAGGCCGCUACAGCGACCUGGUCAUCCUCUCAUUUCUGUUUGUGCGUUCCGCGACAUGACCUCAACUUCAGCUACUACAUUAAUAUCGCAGCACAGGGGCUACGCGUCAACUACCAGGUGGUCCUCUCCCCUCACAUUGCCCUCCGAAGUGCUCGCACGGUAGCGGAGUUUGAUGGAGCACUGCGCGCUCUCCUGACGCAGGCCAACGUUGCCUCUUUCAUUGCUCUGCCGUGGCUCUCCAAGCGCAACAGUGCUCGGACGGACCGCGUCGACAAUAGCGAGUCGGCGCGGCAGCGUAGCAGUUUACCUGGGUAG